AUGUCGCUCACUCUCAACGUCAAUAUCGAUCCGGCACAAGUCGAUUACCUUCAGAAACAGGGCUACGACCUCUUCCUUGCGAAGCUGGUUGAUGGUCAAGCCAAAGCCAACGUGAUUUGGAAGAGUAAUUCAAAGUACAUUGCUACCAACAACUUCAAAUGGCAACCAGUCUACGCUAUCGCUGGGUCAGAAACUGUGGAGCCAGGUACCCUCGUCUCAGCUUCCACAACGGUGAAACCCAUCGGGUACGGCCAGUCGAUCGAAAUUAGCGAGACGGGCACCAUCAGCAACCCCUCGGGCACUGUUGCUCCAGGCAAGGCGUUCACGCUCACCAACAACGACCCCAACCUCCGAUUUUCCGCAGCCGUUUACUCCGUGGACCCAACCAAGCCAGGAGCUGCUCUUUCGAAUCCCUUCUUCGUCAGCAAAUCUAUUGAACAUGGCUUUCACGUCAGUAUCUUGCCGGUCGAGACCGUGGUGCUUUGGUUUGGACAGCAUCAGGAAACCAGCACGAUCAUUGCAGACUAUUCCGGCCCCGCUUUGACGGUUGUUUAUGGCAAAGGAGACAGUACACACACCGCUCAGUGGACGAAAGACGGAAAUUGGGAGCUGGUUAAUUGA